CUGGCUGUGAAAGGGAAGGCAUUAUCGAUCCCAUCGACACAAUGAAAGGGACGAGCGGUGAUCCAGAGGCUGCUUGUCCAGUGGACCACAAAACGCGAGAAGCAUGGCUGCAGGCGGCCAAGACGAAAGGAGAGACCAAGCCGCCACAACAUCCGCAAACUGGAGCAGACGAUCCAUCGCAUACGGGCGAUAUUAGAGAGCAACAUGCAUUGCGAGCGCGACAACGAUUCUCUCUCGACACUGGCAUGUGGACAUCGACCGAAACCUCAUCAACAGAACCGCCUGCCAAGCGACCGAAAAUAUAUCGAUUAUCUACUGAUCGCGAGAUCUCUACCAUACCACGCGCUGUAAACGAACCAUUAGCGCUGAACUCAGCCGAGAAAGCAGCAUUACCUGCAAAUAAUGAGGGCGAUACAGGCCAUGACACAGAAUCUGGCAAUUGGGUAUAUCCCAGCCAGGAGAUGUUCUUUAAUGCCAUGAGGAGGAAGGGGCAUGAAGCAGACCCGAGUGAUAUGAAUAGCAUCGUGCCCAUACACAAUGCCGUCAACGAGAAGGCGUGGCAGGAGAUCCGGAAAUGGGAAGAAGGCUGGGGUAGCGAAAGAUGUGGUGGACCCAGACUUAUCUCAUUCGCUGGCGACAGCAAGAAGUUGACGCCCAAGGCAAGAUGGAAGAGCCUGAUGGGAUACUCGGCACCUUUCGACCGCCACGAUUGGGUCGUCGAUCGAUGUGGAAGGCGCAUUGAAUAUGUGAUUGACUUCUACAAAGGAAGGGGAGGUGGUAUCAGCUUCUACCUUGACGCGAGGCCGAAGCUCAACAGCUGGGAUGGCAUCAAGAUGCGGAUUGCGAAAACUUUUGGUUGGUGAGCGUGCAUAAAAAAUACUACGGAGGAUGUAUGCAAGAUGAAAUGCAUGAGAUACCCGGAUAGCAUGGGAUGGCCUUUUGAGGUAAACUUCCCUCAGGAAAUGUAACCAAGAGCUCGAUCUAUCCAGACUUGGCCAAGUCAACUACCGAAACG